AGUGUGAAAUGUAACUCGCACAUUCUCUCAAUGAUACAAUGCUUCAUUGAAAAGUCUCAUGGGCAAGGUAUCGAAACAUUUAAAAGAAGUCGACAUCAGAAUAUCUUGGAGGAUUGGCAAAUAGUUCGAUUGUGAUUUUGAUAUUUUAUUUCGUCACGGUAAAUCGCUUACCAGUAAUAUCUAAAUUAGGCCAAAUCUCUUUGAAUUUACUCAACCAUAAUGCUGAAACUCACCCUGCCUACCACACUGUUUGCGACAUAGACACUCUAUCAACACGAUAAAAACGACCCAGCGAGGGACCUAAGUUCAUACAUACCCAUCUAAAAUUAGCGGAGCGGUCACUGCAUCCGAGCCGACAUUUGUGGUGAAAGCGCUGAAGCAACUUCACACAGCACUCUUGCGCAGUUCCAUGACUCUGUAUGUCGGCGUACAGUGUCUCAGACCGUGAUUCUUGGACAGAACAACGUCCUGACAAGCCUCUGGUCGUAAAGGUCCAUUACGAUGGAAUUAACAAACGGAUAACCUUCUCGUCUAGUCGAUCAUGUACUUUUGACUUGCUUAGACACAAGGUUGAGCAAUGUUAUGCUCUGUCGGCCACUUCUUAUGCCAUUACUUACACUGACGAUGACGGAGAGACCACUGACAUCACGACGGACGCCGACCUCACCGAAGCAAUUCGAUAUUUCCAUGCUGGCUCCGACGAGCCUCUAUCCUCGGCAGCAUCCAUUCUCUCAGGUCGUAGCUUCGGAAGGGGGAAGAUCACACUUAGGUUCAAGAUCUCUGUCGACUACGAUGGACCUAGUCUCUCCGAUACAUCCUCUCUUGUCAGUCUUGACGAGUUCAAGGAUCGAAAUGGCAGUGCCUAUUCGCUUUCGUUCUCCUCGUCCUUAUCAGCCGAACCCGAAGAUGAUGCGGUGACUGUGAGCUCAAAGGACAUGGGCUCCAAGUACGACAUAUUCCGAGCACGAGCAGGUCCAAAAACGAUCAUGUCAGGCCCAAGUAGGGAACCUCUCAUCCAACGGUCUGCUAAACCUCCGGAAAGCGACUGGGACCAACAAACGGUUUCUAGCGUACCUCUGUCGCCGAACAUGCAGAAGCAGAAGGUGGCGGCAGCUCCGAGCAGGUUGUCUCCAGGAGGAAGCAUGAAUGGCAAGGAACCUGCAGAAGAUCCUUCAUCAGUGUUCGAGCGGUUGAAGCUCAGUGAGGGUUUAAACGGUUCACCUAGCUCUUCGUAUGGAUCAUCCACGCUGCAAUCCGAACGCGGUGCAGCAUGGCUUCGCGACCAGAACGCGCGAACCAUCAAGACUAUGCUCGGCACUCUUCCUGAACCCUCGGAAUCGGAGUCAGAUCAAAUCUCACUUAGUGAAGCCGACGAUACUCGGUCAGUUAUGAGCGGGGAAUUGUACUUGCACAAAGACCCCCGAGGCAAGUUCUACUACUCCUAUACCGCAGGAUCAUCGGUGGCGCAGAGCAGCUGUGAUUCGGGAUACGACGACUCUAGUAGCGUCACCUAUGAUGCCGAUGUGAGCAACCCCAAUACGUCCGACGCCGCUCAGAGCCGACCGACAUCCAUGCAAGUCAACUGGUUCCAGCAACAGCAAGACACCGGCCCACUGGCCGACCUCUCGCGUCGUGCUACUGCGUCUACAUCACAGCUUGUGAACCACCGAGCCAACUCUGAACCCAUUAUUUCCCAUAUUUCACUGGACAUACCGCCAGAGUUGCUUCCGUUCAUUACUUCCACCCCGCUGGCGCCUCCGGUGAAUCCAACCGAUUGCUCAAACUGCGGUGCUCUUCUCGAGACUCUGCGGUAUGUGUGCUCAACGUGUGGAGAGAAGGAACCUCCAAAUGCGUGUUCUUCGCCAUCUCUAAACGGUGAUGCGGAGUCUUUUGGCAAGGGGAAGGGUAAGGAAGUAUCGCCUCCACCAUCCGACCACCUCUAUCCACCCCGCCGUCCUGCAUAUUCUUCCUCAGCCUCUCCUUCCGUUUCGUCAUGGACACUCGUUGCCGACGAUAACCCAUUCCAUGACAGCAAUGCGGUCAAACCGCAGAAGCCAUACAAACCUCUUCCCGCGAUCCCGAUCAACUCUCCAGCCAAACCGACCUCUGGUAUCAGUCCCCGAUCCUCAACCGCGUCCUCUUCUUCUUACCUCUCCAUCCCCGGUAGGACCGUCGACACAUGUUCAAAUGGCUACGAACUCUGUUUCAGUUGUAUCGAGAGUGCGGGAGUGAUCCAUGCAUUGGAAAUGACGCUCGCUCCUGGGUCUUCUCCUGGGUCGGGCGAUUGGCCUCCGAGUCCGGAAGAUGCAGAGUUGGCUUUAUCGCAGUGGAGAAGAAGUGCACCCAAGAGGAAGGGACAGCUGAGGCAUGCGUAUUUGGAGAAGGUUUGGGGUCCGAGGGGUUGGGACGAUGUUGAACAAGAUGACGUACGUUCCCCGGAAUGUUCUGCAUGCGGCACUGUCAUCGUGAAUAAGCGGUACAAGUGCGCAUCGUGCAAGAACUUCAAUCUUUGUAGGGCUUGUUACAGUCAAGUGCAUGAAGUGCAUCCUGCUCAUGCCUUCCUCUUGAUACCUGAGAAGCCCGCACGCACAAGAAGUGAGCCAGUCAUGGACAUGCCGCCAAUACCUGCGGAUAAUGAAGAACCUUCCAUGACUCAUGGAGUGAAGUGUGUUCACUGUAUGCUCGACAUUGUUGGAGCACGAUUCCAUUGUGCUAUUUGUCCUUCUGUCGACAUUUGCUCGAAUUGCGAAUCGGCAGGUCUACCAGGAAACCUCGACUCGGCGGAUGGGGGUCAUAGCUCUUCUCACAUCAUGAUCAAGAUUCCAUACCCGUUGCCCAGCGACGAACUCCAGAUUGCGAGUCGGCGAGUAAAGCAAUUGUGGGAUCGCGAUGCACCGAACCUCGAGACUCCUCCGAGAUCAAGACGAGAUUCGCUUCUAUCAUCUUAUGCUCGCACUGUGAUGGCGGGUUCAGGGUCUUCGCUGGAUGUGGCCACUGUUUCAGGUAUGGAUCCUGAAGAUCACGGCAUACGGUGUAGUGAAUGCACGAAGCCCAUUCGAGGCGUCCGCUUUCAAUGUGCAAACUGUGUUUCGAAACCGAACUCGUACAGCUUGUGUGCAUCGUGCGAGGCACGUUCAUAUGUCGUGCAUGACCCAAUGCAUGUAUUCUUCAAGUUACCUCGACCAGUGAACACGCAAAUAGAGUGCGACUUCCCUAUGCUUCCUCAUCUAUACAGGAGCCCAGCUGGCCCGCCUGGUGGCGUUUUCAAUUCGCAGAACCCCAAAGAGUACCUACAGAGCCUAUAUCAUCCUUCUGCCUUAUGUGAUCGUUGUAUGCAACGUAUCACUGGGGAAUGGUUCCGCUGCGUUUAUUGCGCUAAGGAUCUCUGUGACAAUUGCGAGUCUAUGGACACUCACGAUGAUUCGCAUUUCUUUAUGGUUUUCAAGUCCGAGGUUGAUAUGCAACGCUUCCGUGUAUUUGCGCAAUUAGAGCGGGCGAAUGGUAGUCCGCCUGUCGUCCCAUACCGUGUGUAUACUUCAUGAUCUAGUUCUUUCAUCUGGUUCUGUUGUGCUAUCUCAUGCUGUAAUAUUGUAUCAUUUCAUCUCCAUCUCUAGCUAUCUAUCUCAUACACUUAGUAUCGUUUCUUUGGGACUCGUUAGAUUCAUAUUCGCAUAGCAGUCAGGUCCGAGGUCGACAAGUCGAGGACAGACUGAUCAACAACGUAGCAAUGAUCUCAAUCAUGAUAUGUUAGACAUCAUCUACACUGCCAAUGCAGGUACUCGACAACGGCGAGCCUGAAUACGUGUCAAUGUCAUUCAUCUUGUCCUCUGGGCGUCGUAAAUUAUGCGGAUUCAGACCUGCCUC